CUAACACAACUCAUUGAACAAAGUGGUCCUUUAUUCUCUGGUAGAUGGAACUAAGAGAGAGAAUGGGCAACAGGGCUACCCUUGUGGCAGGAGAGAGAAAAAGAACACACAAAGCAAUUUUUUGCUUAAUAAAACACCAAUGCUAUUUUAUAUGAAGAACAGAUCUUUGCAUUCUAGAGAAACUGUAUUUCUACAGGGCACUGACGGUGAAGAAAACAUCUCAGACCUCACAUUCAGUGACGGCUACAGCCUUGGCUGGGAAGCUAUCAGCCAGUUACAUAUGUUUACAACAGAAGAGGAACGGGCACACAAAGGUGACAGAAGAUAAUCAUCAUGGCAUCAGCAGGUCUACAGUUCUUUGCUUUUAUUCUAGCUUUGUUGGGUGUUUUCGGUGCCAUCACAGCCACCUUACUGCCCAACUGGAAAGUAAAUGCAGACGUGGGUUCAAAUAUCAUAACAGCUAUAACACAGAUGCAAGGGCUCUGGAUGGACUGCACAUGGUACAGCACCGGGAUGUUUAGCUGCACUCUGAAAUAUUCAGUCCUAUCCCUCCCUGUCUACAUCCAGGCUGCACGGACGACCAUGGUCCUGUCUUGCAUCCUAUCAGCUUUUGGGAUCUGCAUCUCCACAGUAGGAAUGAAGUGCACAAAGUUGGGAGGGGACAGGGACAUCAAAAGCUACACCUCUUUUGCUGGAGGGGUCUGCUUCAUUCUUGCAGGAAUCUUUGAGUUGAUACCAACAUCCUGGUACACAAGAGAGAUAAUUUCAAAUUUUCUGGACCCAACAGUCCCAGAGAGCAGUAAAAAUGAACCAGGAGGAGCUGUUUAUAUUGGAUUCAUUUCAGCAGGACUUCUGUUCAUUGCAGGUGUGAUCUUCUGCACUUCCUGUUUUAAAAAGCAGCAGGGAGCAUGGAUUUACCCUACUAAGCAACAACAGUUCCCAGCCACACUGCAAGAGAACAAUGCAGGCUACAACCUAAAGGACUAUGUGUAAAUAUAGUAAUGUCUAUCAGCUGGGGCUUUUUUGUUUACUUUAGAUUUUUUUUAAAACAAAAUACUUAACUGUUCUUAAUGUCAGGGCUGCAAUUACAUUUUAACAAGGUUUUUUUAUUUUUAAUUAAAAUCAGGAAAAAAGAUGGCAGGAAAUAAAGCAUAAAUAUCUGCUGCAAGCACUAUUUUGUGCUGAUUUUUCAAACCAAGUUCUUUGGCUUUCCAACUGAAAUUUUCUGAAGAGAAAGGAACCAAUUUAAACAGUACAAUUAAACUAACGGUUAGCUACAGCAGAGACAGUUUAUCACAAAAAGAAAUCUUUUCAGCAAAUACAGGUAUCAGUAAUGUACCAAAAUUUGUGAUUUAUUUUUUAGAAUUUUAUUUUAAUUCUAACGAAAACAAACCAAAACCAACUCUCCAUCUAUGUGAAGCCCCAUGCAUUGCUUUUAAAUCACAGCCACAUCUGCCUUUAAUUUCCAGCUCCCAACUGCCAUGGUAACUAGAUUUCUUUUUAAAAAACGCAGCCACAUUGUAUAUUGGCAUAUCAGGAGCUGAAGAGCGAACGCUGCCAUUGAGAUAUUGCCAAAAAUGGCCCCAAAAAAUCCCACCUGCUGUGGGUUCCAUUUUUUAUUUUAAAAGAAAUGUCUACUAGGCAGUCUCCAACUGCUGGCAACUAACACCAAACAAACGUUCGGCUUAAGGAUGAACAUGACAAAAGAAGCGUCGUCAUAACCGAGGACAUACUUGGAAGCUUUAACCCACUGGUUACAAGCUACACAUUUAGGCACAAGAAAAAUCUGCAUCCUCCUUGACUUCUAUCUUCCUUAUUCUACAAAGAGAGUCACCAGCCUUUAACUAAUGGAGUAUUUCACCUACUGUUAUUUAUUCAUUAUUUAUUGAACCCUGUAAAUUUUUGGCCCUUUUAAAAUUUAAUUUCAUAGAGCCUGAUCCAAGACCCAUUGAAGCCAAUGGAUCAAACCCACUGCAAUAUGCCAUACACAGCAGUGGUCAAUGACAGCAUCUUAGUUUACAAAGACUGUCAGUUUAAAGAAAAGGAGUAU